AUGACUUACGCUCAAAUAUCCGACUCGGAGACUUCUUCUUCUCAAUUAUUCCCUCGCAAAAUGGCCAGCAAUCUCCUUGACGCUUUCCUGACAACCCAUUCGAGAGCCGUACGCAUCUCAAAUCUUCCACCAAACCCCUCAGUGUUCCUCGCCUCUUUCUUUCUGUCGGAUUGUCCUCUUCGACCGAUCCCUCAGUCUUUGUGGACUUCACUGGACGAACAUCUUUCUCCCGGACUUUGGGCUGUCUUUAAAACACACGAAGAGGCCUGUGCUGUGCUUUCUCUUCCUCCCACCACCAUGUCUAUCGCACCUGCUCUUGAAUCAGACCUUGAGCCUUUUCACAAGCUCAGCCGCUUUGAACUCCAUUUGCCAUCUGCUGCUAGCAACCCAACGCCAAGUCAACUUACCCUUCCUUGUCGUCCUCAAAUGUUCCAUCUACAAGAAGCACAUUCUGAGCAAUUUUCUUUGCAAGAGUCCUCUUCUCGUGGUGUCGCCUUUCCUCUCUCGUCUAAUCCUCCGAAUCCACGUACAAAUUUCAGGCUCGGAGACUGGAUACGCAACCUUGCCUGCAUUGGAUGUGGCAGCUCUAGGGUUGUAAAUAGUUCUACCUCCAUCAACUAUCAGCCCUCAAUGCCAUCAUCGACUCGUCCACCACUUUCACCGCGGUUUGCUAGCUCUCCGAACACACCCAAUUUUCCCAGUGUUAUAUCCAUGAUGCACAAUAACCAAACAUAUGCCCCGGGCCCGUCUUCUCCUUCACCGGCUCAACCAGUGAAUGUGCUUCCGGUCUCUCAGUCAAAAAAUGGGCAUCCGUUGCUCACACCUUCUGGGCGCGCUUUUGCUGUGGGUGGACGUGUUCAAAACAUAUCCGUUGACCCUCUAUCACCCUGUAUCAUGUACUGGCCCGACAACGAGGCCUUUCCUGACCCCGGCCAGAUACGCCCAAAUGUAAUUAUGGGAAUCUCUCAGCCACCCAUUCUCAAUACUGGAAAUCGCGGUCCAAUCGCUCAUCAACCCGGCGACUGGAUUUGCCAGAAGUGCAAUUACUUGAAUUGGCGUCGACGCAAAGUCUGCCAAACUUGCUUCCCCUAUGCCGAAGGGAAUGGUGACUCUAUUUCUGCUGCUGUUCAGGCAGAGCGGAUCGCACUUUUGACCUCUGUACUUACCCAAAAUCAUGGACCCUCCGCCGCUCAACAUCCUGCUUUAACGCCGCUCCGUGCGCAGGUCUUGCGUGCGCAUUCGGUGACACCUCCACAGGUCCGCCGUCAGUUCGUAGACGUCUCCCCUCCGCAGUCGCGAGGUCCUAGCAGUGUGGUUCAUCGUUCUCAAUCACAAGUCGAACUGGGUUCUCAGUAUAUGAUCAAUAGCCAAAAAGCCCCCCCGAUUUAUCAAACGUCUGGUCAUCGCCGACCUUCCCCCGUUUACUCUACUUCUCCGCAGCCCAAGCGGUCUUUGUCUCAGCAACAACACCUUCAUCAUCAACUCCAAAUCCAACAGCUUCAGCAGCAGCUUCAACAGCAACUCCAGCUUCAUGCCCCUACCCCUGCACCUCUCCUGCCUUCAUUUUUGCAGGAUAUCGUCCACUCUCCCACAUUAUCUACGUCUUCCACUUCCUCGGCGGAUCUUUCCUUCGACGAAUACGACACUUCUGCGUCUCCUUCACGAACUUCUGUCACCUCUCGCUCCAGACAGACUAGCGUUGACUCUGCGACGAUGCAACUAGCCAACAUCUGGAAGAUGGACGGCGAGGAGAGUAGAUCUAUUUCUGCCUUUACGCUGCCUAAUACCAUCGUCGGGGGAAGCCGUAAAUCAAGCUUGGAAAAAUUGAAACCCUAA